AUGUGGCUUUGCGCCUUCCUUCUGGCCAGUCCGUUGGCUGUCUUCUCAACAGUUACCUCAUCCUAUGCCAAGCUAACCUGUUCCGAGGUCUCUGACAGGACGGCGAUUCGGGCCGCCAAGCUCAUCUACUCAUUGGUUAACAUGUUCUUGCAGUAUAUUUUGCCACUCACUUUGGUCAGCUUGGCCUACACGCAUAUAUGCCUUCGCAUCCAAAACCGCAUGCAAAUACUUUCUUCAACCAAUUCAGGGAACACUGCCGUAAUGACUUCGGUAGCAAAAGUGCCGAAUAUAUUGACAAAACUGGCCGAGCCUUGGUCUGAAUUGGCCAGUCGGUCAGAAAUGUCAGUGCAUGGGGAAACCAGUGGACAUAAAGACCUAAGGGUUAAUGAGCCAAGUUGGUUAAGCAAAAACACUGAAAACAGAGGAUCAGAAGAGAUUAGCAGGAAUAAAGCCAGCCACCAGCAGAGCCAAAGAACGAAGGAUGUAGGUGUGAAACCAGAAGUAAAUAUAGGUUUGGAAGGUAACAAAGAGCUGUACUUCAAUGCAGUUAAUGCGGCUGAAUUAGAGAGCAAAGUAUCGUCCAGUUUAACUAUGCUAGCUGAGGCCAAGUGUGAGGCAGUUGAGCAAGAUCCCAGCCGGUUUGCCUAUCUGCCCUUGAACCUUGCCAUGCCAGGAAUCUGGGCCCAAAUCAAAGCUAAUGAACCAUGCCAUAAUCAGACUUCAAUUGAGACACAAUUCCACUCCAAGCAUAGGAAGCACAACCAGAAACCGCCUAGGAGUGAGAAGGAAAGCUUUUUUGAACCGGUACCAAACGAAAUUGGCCAAUUGCUGCGCGUCCAGGCCCAGCUUCCUACGUUUGCCAGUCUGUCCAGACGACGCCUGCGAACACCUGCCGAGGUCACUAAGCAGCGCCGAAAAUGGAGGACAAGCCUACUCCUAGCAGCAAUAGCCAUUAUCUUUGCCCUCAGCUGGCUGCCUCUCAACAUAAUCAACGUCUUCUUAGAUAUCCGAGAGCUCCGUUUUCGGCCACGUGAGUUGCUAAACUGCUCUCGGCAACUGCAUCCAGGAGGAGAAAUUUCCGACUGUCGCUCUACGUUAUUAUUUAGCCUACCAAGACGCCAAUCGUCAGGAAGGAGAAGCGUUCUGGGGUCGUUAGGACGUCGCAGGUUAGGUCAAACUGAGCAAAGUUUGCUGAAACGGGAGGGACAGAAAGAUGACGUUGGACAGUUAAUCAGAUUAGCUCGACACUUACAGAUAGCUGAAACCGAUGAAUCAAUGGAUGCUGUAUUGACGGAGGGACUACUGCAUGAUGAUGUGGUAGAAGAGGUUUCUACAUCAAAGAUAGUUAGGGCCUCAAGAGAGGAAGGUCUGACAGCCGAGAAAAACCCAACCGAAUCAAUAAUUGAUAUAAGAUUACCUGUCUCUGUCUAUCAUGGAGAAUUUGCGACGAGGAGCCGGGAAGCGAAGCGCAGAAUGCUCUCUGGAGCAAAUGUACUGACUAUCCAAGCGUUUUGUCUACUUUUUGUUCUCGUUUCGGCCUGUGUCAACCCGUUGAUAUACGGUUGGCUUAAUGAAAACUUUAGGAAAUCCUUCCAAAAGCUCCUUUGCUGCCAAAGCCCCGAUGCUGGGUUAAGGGAGCGUUCUGUAGCGCCAACUAAUGCUAAGGGUAGGUGA